AUGUCACCUCCCUCAGCAUUCAAAUACCUGAACAAGCUUCAAGGCCAACGUGUCCUUGUACUUGGUGGAUCAAGUGGCAUCGGAUUCGCCGUGGCGGAGGCAGCAGUCGAACACGGCGCCAACGUCAUCAUCAGCAGCUCCAACCCAGCCAAGGUGCAGAGUGCCGUUGAAAGGCUCCAGAAACAUGCACAGGCUACACAAAAUGCGGCUGAUAGCAUACGUGGAAAGGCUUGCGAUGUGGCAAACGCCGAUACCUUGGAGAGAAACUUGAUCGAACUCUUGGACUUCUCUACAACCGAAGGCAAGCUCGACCACGUCGUUUAUACCGCGGGAAACGGCAUCUCCAUGCCCAUCCUUGCCAGCACCAGCCUUGAUGGAAUAAAUGCAGCAACCAUUGUCCGACAUCACGCCCCUACCUUGUUGGCAAAGCACCUCCCGAAUUAUGUGACCAAGAGCACCAACAGCUCCUUUACCCUUACCAGCGGUAGCUAUUCUCGGAGACCCGGACAAAACUGGUCAAUCAUUGCGGGUAUUGGAGCUGCCGUUGAAGGAUUGGCUCGGGGAUUUGCCGUUGAUAUCAAGCCCAUCCGUGUCAACGCGGUGAGACUUGGUAUUGUGACUACGGAGUUCUUUGAGCACAUACCCGAGGAGCACCGGCAAGUUUUCAUCGAGGCGUCUGCACGGGAUAAUUUGAUGGGGAAACUUGGGAAACCGGAGGAAGUAGCCGAAGCCUAUUUAUACUCGCUAAAGGAUACGUUUGCAACAGGCUCGAUCAUAACUACCAAUGGUGGUCAACUGAUUGGUCGUAGCGAUGAGUAG